AUGUCUAAGAAAUAUUGCUGUGUGCCCGGAUGUGCAGGCAGUGAAAGACCAUCAACAAUACCGAAGUUUACUUUUAGUGCACACAGUUGUAUGAAGGAUGUUCACAAUAUUGAGAAACAUAAUAAACCUUCAACAUCUAAAGCUUCUUGUGGACUCUUUGGUAUGGAUAUUGAUGAUGAAGCCAUGGAGAUGGUGCAAAGUACGGCUUCAAUCUCUGAAAAGUUUGUUAGUAAAGAAAAUAUGAGGCACUAUGAUGAUGCACAGAUGGAAAUUUCAGACUUAUUCUCUGAAAGGCCUUGUUCAUCAACAGUGCCCGUUUUAAAGGAUAAUGGUAAUAUUGAUGUAUCAAAAAAAUCUUCAGGUCUUUCAACAAAACAUUCAUUAGCAAAAACAGGUAAUUUAACUAAAUAUUUUUCAUGUACUUUGUAGUUUGUACAAACAUCCAUCAUGGUUAUUAACACCUUUAAUCUCUAAUAAAUGUCAAAUUUGUACCUUUAAUGUUGUUUUAAACUAAAUGACAUUUAAAAGGAUGUUUGUGCAACUGGCUGUGUCUACUAAAAGUAUUAUUGCAUCAUUUUUAAUAUACAUUAUGCAAUAUUAUAUACAAAUUAUGCAUUUCAAGUUUCAUUAAUAGUACUGUAA